AUGCGGUCGUUGGUUUCGGCUCUUUGCGCCUUCCUCUAUAUCUCUUGCACUUUGGCGAGCUUCAAUGUUCCUGUGUAUUUCAAUGUUCUUUAUGACCAGAAAAACCAGACAGAUGGUGGUAUUACUGAUGCUACCUUGAGUCAACAGAUUCAAGUAUUGAAUCAUUUCUUCGGACCGAUUGGCCUCGGCUUCUCUGUUGCUGGAGUCCGACGAGUUCCAGUUCCAUAUCAAGUUCUGCAUGAGUGGGCUCCUGGCAACGACGCCGCCCGAUCUAUCCAGCAACAACGCGUUGGCAACGCGCAAACUUUGAACAUUUAUACUGUUGCUCCUUCGAGCGUCUACAGCGGCUACUCUGCCUCUUACCCUCAGGACUAUAAUUCUGAUCCUCGAGCCGACGGCAUCCUCUUCCCCUAUGACUACCUUCCCGGUGGUACAGCGUCCGAGUACAAUACGGGCACGAUGCUAGUUCAAGCCGUGGGUCAGUGGAGUGGCCUCUACCCAACCUCCUACGGCGGAUGCGAGGGCGGAGAUUUCGUUGACGAUACUCCUGCUGAGGCAACGCCUGCGACAGGAUGUCCAGAGGGGCGUGACACCUGCCCAGGUGCCGGGUUAGAUCCAGUCCACAACAUGAUGGACUCUACUACUGAGUAA